AAAUAGAGAGAGAUUGAAAUCUUAAAAAGCCAACGAGAAUCUUAGAUACAACAACAAAAGAAUCCUUAUGAAAAGAAAGAGCUCAGUUUCACCAUCGGAGGAAUCAAUGGCAUCCAGUACAACAACAACAACAACUACUACAACUACUACUACUACUGAAGAUUCAGAGAGAAGAGACAGUAAUUGUUACUUCCCAGAUUGUCGUAAAGACGCGAAUUGUAGCUGCGAGAUUUGUCUUGAUAGUCUCAACGCAACGCUCGAUCUCAUGCCUCUUAGUGUUCAGAAAAGCUCCCUCACCAAGAUUUCUUUUGCUUCCAAUUUCAAACCCACCGUUGAAUCUACUCCCACUUCUUUUGAUCCCAGUGUUGUCGCCACACCUGCUUCGGUUUCUCGCCCAAUGUUGAAGGUGAUGAUGAUCUCUUCCCCCAAGAAGAAGAAGGUCAAGAAACCAAUAGUUUCUGAGAAUGAUGAAGAACAGAGGAAGACGACGAAGAAGGAGAGGAAAAGCCUACUGAUUUGUGUUGUUCUGAAAGUUGUCUUCUGGAUUGUGUUGGUUCUGUGUUUGGAAUUAGGGUUUCGUUGGGUGCUUCAAGGGGUUUUGAAACCCCAAUUCACAGAGGAGAUAGUGAGGAACGCUGGUGAGAGAUCUCAGGGUGAUGUUGAAAUGGGCGUGAAGCUGAAACUCUUGGAAGACGAAUUAAUGGGUUUUGCUUACAGUGGCACGAUUUCGAGUAGCAGCGGUUCUGAUUCUAAGUGGCAGAUCAAUCAGAAUGGUCCAAUGUUGAACUCAAAGUGUGUUAUCUACAAAUCCGCCAUUGAAGAGAUUAGUAUAUGGGGAUGGCCUUUGCAGACAGCCGGGUUGUUUCAUACUGGCUUCUCCUCAAGUUCGAUCACAGUAUUAUCAGGCCGAGUAACUGAGUGGACAGAUGGGAAAUUCGGUUACACGACACGCAAGACCAAUGAUUCGUGGGAAAAAACCAAAUGGAGCACAUCGGUUCUGCAACUAGAUCCAAAUACAUGGGUUCUUGAGUACAGCCAAAGCUGUGUGAUGGAUGGUUCGAGUUUGCUGUCACUAACAAUGGAUCUCCUGAGACACAUGAUGGUCCAAGCAGCAAAGAAUGUAAAUCGGGAGGUUUUGUGGAUGUUUUCAGCUUCGGGGAGUUUGUAUAGGGAAUCAGAAUCAAAGGCUAGCGCAAUGACACCAACUUAGAAACUUUAAGAGGAAAUAAAGUUAUUCCUUGUUCUGGUUGCUUCAUUUCAAGCAUUGACGUCUUGUCUUCUUGUAGGUAUAGUCAUAUGGAAAUCAUGAACUAUUGUUACUGUGUAGUUGUAUAAUGGUAGGCAAUUCCAUUGUAGUAGUUGUUUGUUUCAUCUCAAUUCACUGUGAGAACUGAGUGUAAACGCUUUUUGGUCAGAAUUAAGGAAGGUAAAAACCGACGACGUUUUCACAACCCAA